AGCGAGAGGAGGAGCCCCGCGCGCUGCCAUGGCCGCGCUCGUGCGCCCCAUGUGCUCGCGCGUCCGCGCCGCCGCCACCGCCGCCACCACCGCCGCCGCUCUCCCCUCUCUUCCCCUCUACCACCCGCUCCCCUCGCGUCUCGCGGCCCCGCUCUGCUCCCGCCUGGGGGUCCCGGGGUCCCAUCGCCGCCCGUGGAGCAGUGCGGCCCCGUCGUCGCCGGGCACCGGGGCCACCACGCUGGCGGGAGCAGCAGCCGCGGCCGCCGCUGUCCCGGGGCCGCAGCAGCAGCAGCAACAGCAGCAGCAGGAGGAGGAGGAGACGCGGAGGCGGCGGCAGCGGGCCCGCGGGUUCGCGCUGCGCCUCGCGGGCGCCCUGGCGCUCUGCGGGGGCGUCUCCGGCGUCUACGUCUUCGGGGCCAAUGCACUGGACGAAGAUGGAAAGGAGGUGCCGGAUGAAUUUGAUAAUGAUCCCAUUGUAGUACAACAAGUGAGGCGUGCUUAUCAGUACUUCAAGGACUACAGACAGAUGAUCAUUGAGCCGACAAGCCAGAAGCUGCUGCCGGACCCCCUCCGCGAGCCGUACUACCAGCCCCCUUACACGCUCGUCAUCGAGCUGACCGAUGUGCUGCUGCACCCGGAGUGGUCGUUGAGCACAGGGUGGCGUUUUAAGAAGCGUCCUGGCAUCGACUAUCUGCUCCAGCAGGUGGGCCAGCUGUUCGAGAUCGUCGUCUUCACCUCGGAAACAGGCUUGACCGCGUUUCCGCUGGUGGACAGCAUCGACCCUCAGGGGUACAUAAUGUAUCGGCUCUUCCGGGACGCCACACGCUACCUGCAGGGCCAGCAUGUGAAGGACCUCUCAUGUCUCAAUCGGGACAUGUCCAAGGUGAUCAUGGUGGAUAGCAAGCGCGAGGCAUUUCAGUUGCAACCAUUUAAUGGCGUGGCGCUUGGCCGCUGGGAUGGCAGCUCGGAUGACCGCGUGCUGUAUGACCUCGCCACCUUCCUGCGGACCAUUGCUCUGAGUGGGGUGGAGGACGUGAGGACAGUGUUGGAGAACUACAGCAUGGAGGACAACCCAAUCGAGGCUUUCAAGCGAAGACAAGCCCAGCUGCAGGAGGAGCAAAAGCGAGCUGCUGAGGCUGUCCAGCAAAUGCAAACAAAGACCCCGCUCAGCUCGUUGACCGGCAGACUCUGGCGCCGAUAACACUCGUGAAGACAGCCCAGCCUUGCAAGGCCCUCCCUCCUCCCCCACCUUUACACAUGCGUCGCUAUUCACACGGAGAUACUUGCGUACACAGCCUCAUGCACACGCUCGUACGUGUGCGUACUCCAGCGUACCACUGCCCUUCAUACAGGAGUAAAAGUAGGGCUGGUGGUGCUGCCUAAGAAUCCACGUAUAAUGCACACAUUUCACGAUGAAGCAACUGUCAAUCUACAACACAUCGCGGCAGUAAAAUGCAAUUAACUAUUAUUUUGUCACAUUUGGUACAUUUGCUCGCAUAUAACCGUAAUUACUUCCCCAAAAUUGUGAUAUUUUUUAUUUUAUGUAAUCCCUUGACUUCACUGAACCAUGCCAGGCUCGAUGGCUGACAGCUGUACCAGCUAAGAGGAAAUAUUUUAUUGAUUUAAACAUUGUAUAUGGUUUAAGGAAAACGAAGUAGUUCUCAACUGAUGCAACAACUGUUCAGGCCAAGAGCAGUCCAUCUGCCUCUUGUGUUUAUCAUUCGUUACUUAUUUUGGGAAUGCACCUUGAUACCGGUUGAAAUAAAAUAAUUAUUUGACAAUAA